AUGGAUCCUGAUAGGGGCUCAGCUCCACCUUCCUCUGCACCUGCAAGUGGUCCCUCCCGACUCCCUUAUAACCCUUCAGGCAGGACAUCUUGGAACACCACCGUUUUUGACGAAGGUUAUCUUGGAACUCCCACUGCGAACAUAGGAUCAAGGAAGCAUUCCAACUCGACACGCGGAGGGAGGUCAGUAUCUUUCCAACCAACAGAUGUGCCCUCUUCGACUGGGACCUCAACGAGACAUCGACGGAAAACUUCUGCUGAAUCUCAUUUAUCAUUACGACUGACACCCCCUAUCCGAACGCCCACUAAAACCAAUGGAAAAGGUAAAGGAAAAGCGGUAUUGCGAAAAUCAUUGACUGGCGAAAAUGCUUCGGGGAUGAACAUCAACGAUAGAGCAAAUAUAUUGGCGGACGUAGCUGGAGAUUGUCUUGUUACCCUUGUCAAAUCGGCAUUAAGAGCAGAAGGUUCAGAAAGAAGGAAAAGUUCAGUCAACGAUCAGGUGAGGAAAGCUUGGGAUGGGCUAUAUGGAAUCCGGCAAUCAUACCUCUUUCCACCAUGGUCACCUCCUUUCCCGUCUUAUACUGAUAUCCUACAAUCGCUCCAUUCUCAGAUCCGAGCUACCCUCAAUGCCCAAGUUCUAGCUACAGCGACCGAUUUGUCGAAUCUCGCAACGUUUGUUUGGACCUUGUCUAGACCCGAUGAAGCUUGCCAAUCUUUUCCAUCAUUAGAUCUUGAUAUAGAUGAUGAGGAUGAAGAUGCACCUCGAAGAAGUACAAGUAACAAGGGGAAAGGGAGAGAAGAAUCAGAGCUUGUCAAAAGGGUCAAAAUGAGGAAUGCGUUGCUCCUGAUAGCUUGGAAGAAAUUCUGGUUGAUCGUUGUUCCUGCACAGAAAAGGACGAGUGAGGUAGCAUUGAGACUGUGGCUGGAUUUCGCUACUCAGAUCGCUUUACUAUAUCAACAGCCUUCCGUGAAAGAUCCUGAUUUAUCGCAUACAUCGCUUCCCAACGCUCCGAAUACUCUGUUAGCGGAGCUCUUCUCACCUUCUGCCGUCGGGAGAUUCGGUCAAUGGAGUAUUUCAGAAGAUUUCGAUAGUCAGGAGUACAGUGAGGAAAAAGCAGAUAUAGAAGAGAGAUGGAGAAUUAUCGCUCAGAGGAGGAUUGACGAGCUUGCAGAAACGGAUCACGCCUAUCUACGUCGAAAAUACCCUUACAGCGAAUUCAGGACAGAGAUGAUAGCCUAUGUCCAACAUGAGAUUCUGGCCAGUCCAAUAAAUACAUUGCUCACUCCAGGACGAAGACAGCUUCUUAUCGGUCAUUCUCACAAUCCCGAACCUCCCCUUCUUCAAUACGAAGAAGGUAGUUCUUCCGAGGCUCAAAGGGAUGAUCCGGAAAUUGCAAACUGGUUUGAGGAUAGUGACAUGGAAGAAGGUGAAGAAGGAUCGGAAGACAGCGAUGGAGUCGCAAUGGGAAAUGAUAUACCGAUAGAUAUGGACAUAUUCGGAUUAGCUGCCGCAGAACUGGAAGCUGAAGAAAACGCUCAACAGGAGAGAGAAGAUCACGAUCAAAAUUCUCAGACCAAUACUUCACCAGAGAAGAAUGCUAAAGAUAUGGUCGAGGUGGAUUCGCAGAUCCCUGUUUUAGAAGAAGGCGUCCCUUUGCGAUCAAGUUCUCAUGAGACGACAGAUGACGAAGUUUCGGAUGACGAUGGCGAUUGGGCGGUGAAAGAUGUCGAAACCGCAGCAACGGACAAUGCUCAGAUAGGAUUAGGUGGACAGAGGCAGAGUGGACCACGAUUUGAUUGGACGAAAAGACAGGACGACGCUGUUCAGGUAAUGUGGGAAAGUCAAUCCAUCGAUGGUCAAGGAUCUCCAUCUUCUGGCAGGCUCAGUCAAGAAUUCGGAAGUGCUAGACCACCUGACAAUGAUGUUGUAUCUCCUUCAACGCACGACACUCCAGCUUCUCAUGCCAUUUCUUCUUCUAUCGCGAUGCGUUCGGCUACCUCUCCACCUCCCCUUCGAGCGGGAAGAAUGUCUGUUGCUUCACCUUCACGCCCUUCGCGUCAGACGCCUAAAUGCAUCAAUAUCGAACAGUCUAUUAGCCUCACCUCGCCUUUAUAUGUCGAGGAAACAGAGGAAGAUGAGCCUGUUGAAAGCGAAGAGAAUGUGAUAUUGGACAAUGAAGAUAACGAAGAUAUUCUACCCUCAGCCUCUCAGCUCAACUUUGUUGGUCUCCCAAACGGCGAAGCGAGUCCACCUUCCGUUGACGGUCAUGACGAGGAUGAUGAGUUUGCCGAUUUACUACCUACUGAAUCGCAAUUCGCUGUGGGCCAGGCUACCACCGGUACCAGCAAUCCUCACCACAACCGCAACAUCGAGAUUGUCAAUCACGUAGACACUGAUUGGGAUAUUUCAGAGCCUGAUCAGGCAGGAAACGAAGAAACUGAACUCGUCCAAUCAAGAUUCCAUGGUUCAUAUAUCUCUCCCCGACCACGAAAGACUCAGGAUGCACAUUCGUUUGCCCCAAUGGAUCCGGACGAGGAUCUCGAAGAUCGACAACUUCUCUUCCAGCCAUCCUCAGCCCUCAGAUCGAUGUCCCAAUCUCGAGAACCUACCAUCAAGACAGAACCUGAGGAGGCUAUUCUUGGUCUGCAUGGUUUCGUAAGUCGAUCACAUCCAAAUGGACUACGUCGACAACGAGGUGUGAGUGCACCGUAUAUAAGGGAUGAGGACGAUCCGUUUCUUCAUGACGAAGAUGGAUCACCCCUUGAACCCGACGAAUUGUGCAUAUCACCUGUCGAUGUAGGCGAGAAAUAUUCCACCCAGAGAUCCAAAUUGUUUGGUAAGACUUCAACAUCCUCGUCGAUCUAUUGUCGAUUGACGGGUAAGCGAAAAUGGACCUUGGAAGAGGAAUUACUGUUAUAUCGAACAGUACAGAAAGUACCUAUACAGGAAGAAUACCCUCUGAGGAUGGUAUGGAACCUCUAUGGAGAAUUUGGUAGAUUCGGAAAACAACUGCGAUGGUAUAAUACGCAACAUAUGAAAGAUAAAUUACGAACUACGGUAAAAAGAAGGCAGAAUGAAGGUAGAAGAGUGGAAGGUCGAGUUAGAGCGUGGGCUGCGAGAGGGACUAGGGAAAGAGAGGAGUACGAGGAGGAAUUAGAGCAGUACAAGAGGUAUGAACAGGAUGAAGAAGGGGAAGAUGAUGAAAAUGACAAUGAAGAGAUCGCAAUAGAGGAUGCGGCCGAGGGAAUGCAAGGUUUAAGAGCGAAUGCGAAUGAUCAGGAUGAACAUGAAGAAAUUGUUGUAAAUGAUGGGGAGGAAGAUGACCAACCUGAGGGUAGAGCUGCGAAUGGACGUAGAGCGAAAGAACCUGCUCGAUAUGUGGAAAUCGAUGUGGAUGAUGAUGACUUUCCAGCAGCAGUCGAUUUUGACGUUGAUGGGAAUGUUAAUGAUGUCCAUGUUCGUACGAAUGAGGAUGACUUUCCGAGACCUGCCAAUCCUUUACCUGACGGACAAGUGGAUGAACCUCAAACAGAAGAUGAGAUUGACGAUUUUCCUGCACCUGAAAGCCUGGACAUCGAUCAUGAUCAUGCAUUUGAUGGGCAUCAUAAGAUCCUAGAUACCCCGAAAGACAAUGGUGAUGAUGACGAUUUUCCGCAACCUGAGUCACCUCAAGUUGUUGAUCAAGAUGGCGAUUUUCCGGAAGGUCCAAGCCUCAAAGAUGAUGAUGGCAGGAGUAGACCUCAGGGGAAUCUAAAUGCUCCGGACACGAACGAAGAGGAUGGUGAUUUCCCUCAACCUGUGAUACUUCCGGGAACCUCUCAGGAUAAGUCAGACAACCAGAUAGACGAUGAUUUUCCUCCAGCUACCGAACUUCCCCUAACUUCAACAACUGUCGAGAUUAUACAGCUUGCCGGUGCGUCUGAUCAACAGGUAUCCGAUGACCAGCAGAAUACAAAUCGUUAUCCAUCCCGAAGCAGAAAACGGGCAUCUACCGCCAUCGACGAUGGAGUCGAAGCGGAUAACACCGACAAGGAUAAAGAGCAAUACGGAGGACGAAACAAGAAACGACCCAAAGCUGUCAUACCUGCUGUUGAGAUUUCCCUUGUUCAGUCAGAUGCCUCGGUCAAAGUCCUCCCUGAAUCAUCAGAUCAUAGGAGACGUUCAAAGGAGACCACUCAAUCUCGACCCUCUCGACCGUCAAUCGAAUACGGUAAGAAUCGAGCUGCUAGGAAAGUACCUGAGAUGGAAUUAGUACCAACCGCAAGGAAAACCACCUGGAAUCCCGCUCAGACAGCUCGAAAGUCCACGAAUAAUGCCACGACUUUGAAGGGUACGAGGCAGAGCAAACGAGUUGCUCAAACGGCUAGAAAGUCGACGAAUGGAAGUAACAGAGUCAUUGACGAGGAUAACCAAGAGACGGAUGAUGUUGAUGAAGACGUUUAUGCAGAUGGUGUGGUGGUGGACGGUCACCAGGAAAAUGCUAAUGGCGAUGACGAUUUUCCCGAACCCGAGGAUAAUCAGAUGCUCCAGAUUGGAGAACUGGGAGUUAACAAUAACGAUAGGCUUAGGGACGGUGAUAGAGGAACUAAGCUGGACAAACAUAAAGAGAGCGAAGAAUUGGAAGAAAGGAGAAGGCGUGUAGAGCGGAUCGUAUUAGGGAAAAGCAAACGUGUUUGA